AUGGAGAAUCGCUUCAAACCUCUUCUUCCCUAUCUUUCGAUCGCUAGCCCCCUUAGCCGUUUCAGUGAUCUGACACAAGUAGCGGAGGGGCAGUACGGCCCUGUGUUUGCUGCUCGUGCUAGCGAAGGGGAUGGAAUCUCAGGAUCGUCAAUGUCGACAAAUGGGACAUCACGUCUAAACACCCUCGUGGCUGUUAAGCUAAUUCACGUAAACAAAGAGGAUUCUCCAAAGGUGCACGCAUUAGCGCAAGAGGUCUCUAUCAUGAGUAAAGUUCGUCACGAGCACGUUUUGACGACUGCAGGGCUAUUCGUGCAAGACAACACAUUAUGGGUGGAAAUGGAACUUAUGGAGAGAUCGCUCGCGGAUAUGCUACCGUUGGUUGGGGAGGGUCUGAUUUUUCAGGAAGCUGAGGUGGCACGUUUUGCCAGCGAUGUUCUCAGUGCCUUAUCUUACCUAGAAACUCUUAAUAUUGCUCACCGUGAUGUACGUUCCGAUAAUUUAUUAAUAUCAAGAAGCGGAAUUGUUAAGCUAGCCGACUUCUCUCACGCGACCUUAACAAAACCGGGCGAGUUGUGCAACACAAUUGUCCCCGUACCGCCGUAUUGGAUGGCUCCUGAGAUGCGGUCUGACCGCCCUUAUAACGCUCACCUUGCGGAUGUGUGGUCUGUGGGUGCCACAAUUUGGGAGGUUAUUGAAGGUACUCCGCCUUUCUUUAACGUUGAGGAUCCGCGCCAGCUUGGGGACAGAUGGCCCGCUUUGAAACGUAGCAGCGAGCUUUCCCCUUCACUUCAUCAAUUUUUAAGGCUAUGUUCAGAGGCGGACGAUUGGCGGCCCCGCGCCCAUGAACUUCUGGAGACUUCAUUUGUACGCGGCGCUUGCGCGCGGAACGACAUCGUAACUUUGCUUGCGGAGGUUCGACUCAUGGAGGAUGGAUUUAACGGUCAAUGCUAA